UCAAUCUGCUCGGCUCUGAAAACAAAGAUUGUAAUGUCAGAAAUGUAAUUAUAUACAGGUAAUAUCCUCUAUACUAGAUAUAUAUGUUCAACAAACAAAGAAAAUGAGGCCAAAUAUUUGCUAAUGUCAUUCCAAACCUAUGGCUUUACGUAUAAAUCUGAGUUUGAUUUACUGCUUGCGUCAUAAGUACUCACCGAAUUCAUAAUUUGUUUGUAUUCUUACAUUAUAUCCACUACCAAUCUUCCCUAAGAGGGCUUAAUAAUGGAUUAAAUAACACAUCAAAAAUAAAACACUGUUUCAUGAAUUAUUUUGCAUCUUCAUUGACGUGUGAUGGGUCGAUUAAUCAAGACCUGGGAAACCUACAACAAAUGGAGUCACUGAUCACUCAAGUCAAGUGGUGGUUAUUUUGCAAUAAAUGCAUUAUGUGAAUUGAUUAUGGCAGAGAGAUGGUGUGACGAGGGUGGUUUUGGGGUCUGAGAGUAGGGAGGGGGUUGGUAGCCGUAUAACUAUAAAUGCAGCCGCCACCAUGUGAAAGAACAGAAAAGAUCUGUGAUUUCAGAAGACCCUCCUGCUGGCUGGAUAGAUUGUACUGACGGGAAAAAAAAUCUCUUAGCUGAGAAAGAUUUUUCUUUUGACUUUUAAGCUAAUUUUCAGUAUUUUUGCCUUAACGUAAUCAUUUUAUUUACACACUUUUGUUCCUUAUGGAGAUUUGGAAACUCUCAGCGUUAAUGCUCACCAUACUCGCUCUUGCCUGUAGUGUUCAAGGAUUGUCUUUCACUCUCAACAGAGACCACUGGAUUUCAGAUAACUGGGAGGAUGAACCAGUGGAGGAGACACUAGCCAGCCAAGUGGCCAGUCUACUCAAAAGAUCGAAAUCUCAGCCGUUCUAUGGACUAAUGGGAAAACGCUCCAAAGUUUUCCAGCCUGUGAAAAUGGAACGAAGAAGGCAUAAGGGGGACAUGUUUGUGGGACUCAUGGGCAAGAGAUCUUCAGGAGGUGAUUUCAGAAGAACAAUCCCAGAGAGCAACACAGCAAUGGACAAAUCUGGAGAUUUGAACAAACAAACAGAUCUGCGAGAGGAAUGGAACAGACUGCAGUAUUACUGAUGACAUUAUCCAGCACUCUAUUACAGACUCCACCAGUCUUCGUGAAUCAAUAUAUCAUUAUUCUUGACUCUUAACUGGCACCAACAUUAUAAUUCAAAAGAACAUCAUUUGGGAGUAUUUUUAAGCAAGUAAAUGUCUUGCUUCAGGUAUCAAAUGUGAUGUAAUAAAAGUAUCAAACAUGAGUUUUUUUCCCAGUUCUGAUUUAAAUAAAAUCAUUUUCACAAAUCUUUCAACAAAGAAAUCAAGAAAUAAACUUUGAAGUGUGUGUAAUUAACGCAUAUUCUAAACUUU